UAUUGUUGUGUCGUGAUGAGUAGGAUCAAACUCCUUCAGACUUGUUGGUCACCACCAUCUUCCUUCCUUACAUUACACUUCCUUCCAAUCCCCAUCCUCUCUCCUCAAUUUCUCAAGGUUUUUGGAAGAAACAACAUGGGUAGCAAGGCACCAAGUUGGUCUGACCAAUGGGGAAAUGGUGGGCUUGGCAGCGACGAGUAUGAGGACGAUGUGAUGGUGAAGAAGAAUAAUAAGAGCAACGGAAGUGGCAAGAUGGAAGAUGCAAAAGCUAUGGCGUCGGUUAGUAUGGGCAAAGCGAAAACAGUUGCAAUCGUCGGUGCUGACAAAGCUAAGUCAGCUGCUGUGGUAGGUGCUCAGAAGGUGAAGAGUGGAACCUCUGCCGGAUUCAAAUGGAUCAAGAAUCAGUGUCAGAAAAAGAAGUAAGAACAAAAAAACUCACUCAUUUGCUUGGACUUUGGACAGUUUCAUAUCAUGUCUAUGUUAAAUACACCAUUGGUGCUCAACUAUAGUUUUUAUUGAUUUGGUUUUUAAUUUGGAGUACAGAAGUUCAUAAUAGCUUUGUUUUCUAUGUUUCUGGAUUUAUAAUCAUAGAUAAAUUUUACAGUUUUACUUUUA